CUCUUGAAUUUCGAUGGAAUAAUUAAAAAAAAUUAAAAUGAUUGCAUAAUUGAGUAUUGCUUUCAGUUUUUUACUUUAAAUUUAAAUUCAUAAGCAAAAUUAGUUCGGAUCAGGAAAAAAAAAAAAAAAAAACAAAACACGUACAAGUGUAUAACCUCAAAUCUCAAUUCAAAUCUUCAAAGUAGUACGUACACUGUACACAGACACAAGGUACACAACUCAAAUUCUGCAUUAGACUUUUGUGCAUUUUAUUCAAACUAUUGCCGCCCACAAUUCUUACCAAUUCUAACUCAAUUGAAUUCUUCCAGGAAAAUCAAUAUGAACCCUAAUUCCAUCAAACGAUUCAAACCCAAAUUAUCGAAUUAAUCUUCGAAUCUAAAAUCCAAAUAUAAUUAAUUUGGGGUUUCCGGAAAAGGGGAAAUUAGGGUUCAUAAUUUACACUCAAAUUCCAGAAAAUGCAAUUAGGUGAUCUUAACAAAGUUUGGGAAAUUAGAGCUUUGAAAAGAAAGCCGCGACAAGAUGAAGCAAAGCAAAUUCUUGAGCGCAUUGCUAAACAGGUUCAACCAAUUAUGCGCAAACAUAAUUGGCGGGUUAAAGUUCUCUCUGAAAUGUAUCCCAAGAGGAAUGAACUUCUUGGAUUGAAUGUUAAUCGUGGGGUAGAAGUGAAGUUGAGGCUUCGGAGGCCUGGCAGGGAGUUAGAGUUUUACUCAUUUCAUGAAGUGUUGGAUACAAUGCUUCAUGAGCUUUGCCAUAAUGCCCAUGGCCCUCAUAAUGCGAGUUUCUAUCAGCUAUGGGAUCAGCUUAGAAAGGAAUGUGAGGAAUUGAUGUCCAAGGGAAUAUCUGGCACAGGAGAAGGCUUUGAUCUUCCUGGAAAACGUUUAGGUGGGUUCUCUCGUCAGCCACCUCUAGCUUCCCUCCACAAAACGACCCUGGCUGCUGCUGAAAACAGAAAACGUCUCAAUUCCCUUCUACCAUCUGGACCUUUACGGCUUGGUGGUGAUAAAAACAUAAUGUCUUCGUUAAGCCCUGUUCAAGCUGCUGCCAUGGCAGCUGAAAGGAGACUACAGGAUGAAAUAUGGUGCGCUUCCGUUUCUGGUGGCUUUGCUGAAGAUUUGGGGGAUUCUGAUCUCUUGGAAACAGUAGUGCCCUGUGGGCCAGCUGCUGCUAGUGCCAGUUCAAAUGCCUCUGAUAUUAACAAUGUACAUUCUGGAGCUGCAGCAUCUUGUAACAGGUCUCAGAAUAAUGUUACAAAUCUCAUUGAUUUAAGCAACAAUGUAAAUUCUACCUCAAUUGAUGUUCGUGGCACCAAAUUAAGUAAAAGAUCCAUUUGUUCCCAUGUCAGUUCAUCUGCUAGUGCCAGUUCAAAUUCUAAUAAUGUCUCUGGAGCUGCAGCAUCUCGGAAAAGGUCUUGGAAUGGUGAUAUUACCAAUCUCAUUGAUUUAAGCAACAAUGAAAAUUCUGCCUCAGUUGAUGCUUGUGGCAUUAAAUUAAAUAAAGGAUCCAUUGGCUCCAAUGCCAGUUCAUCAUCUUUAUCCAUGAGCGUCUCAUCCUCUGGGUUAACUAAUCUUGAUGCGGAGAACACACAUGGAGAGUCUGCCACAUGGACUUGUGAAACAUGCACCCUGUUGAAUCCUCCACUGGCUCUCGUAUGUGAGGCAUGUGAAACCCUGAAGCCGAAAGAUAUAUCAGUGAAGUAUAAAUUCUGGUCCUGUAAAUUCUGUACCUUGGAGAAUUGCGUGAAACUGGAGAAAUGUUCAGCAUGUGGUGAAUGGAGAUACUCACGAGGUCCUCCGUUGUCAUCAUUGCCUCCUAAUCUCGGCACUUGACAAGAACAGUUGAAGUUAGCUUGUUUUGGAAGUAUGUAAAUCUCUCAGUUGCUAUAUUUCUGCCAAUGCAUGCUUAUGCAUAUUUGACUUGGUUUAUUUAUGAGAUGGUCUUUUAGGGCUCCUGUUGAUUCAAAGAUGCUGCUGAAAAGCUACGAGAAAGAUAGUGAAUAUUUUUGGUACUUAUUUGUAAAUUGGGCUUCGUUAAGUCUCAUAUUGGUCGACUAAUUGUAGAACUAAUUUCUACAUAAUUUUGAUACUCGCUCCCCAAGAGAUGCUGAAGCUGUAAAGAUGACAUUCAUUGUGCCUAUUUUGGUUAAUUUUUUUCAAUCAAGGAGAAAGAAUAUGUGAUUUUCUACCUAGUAAAUGAACUUUUCGUUUUCCCAACUAUUUUUUGGCUAGU